CAGAAAGCAUGGUGGAGUUGCUGGAAUUAUAUCAAAUGGAAGAUGAUGCAUAUGGUAGUCUUGCUGAAGCCACCACAGAACUCUAUCAAUAUUUACUGCAACCAUUCCGAGAUAUGAGGGAACUUGCAAUGCUCAGAAGACAGCAAAUAAAGAUUUCCAUGGAGAAUGAUUACCUAGGACCGAGAAGAAUUGAAAGCCUUCAAAAAGAAGAUACUGACUGGCAACGGAAGGCUCAUAUGGCUGUAUUAUCUAUACAGGACCUUACAGUAAAGUACUUUGAAAUAACAGCAAAAGCACAAAAAGCUGUAUAUGAUCGUAUGCGAGCAGACCAGAAAAAGUUUGGUAAGGCAGCUUGGGCAGCAGCAGUGGAACGAAUGGAAAAACUUCAGUAUGCAGUGUCUAAAGAUACUUUGCAAUUGAUGAGAGCAAAAGAAAUCUGUUUAGAACAGAAGAAGCAUGCAUUAAAAGAAGAGAUGCAGAGCUUGCAAGGGGGCACAGAAGCUAUAGCUCAUUUGGAUGAACUUGAAGCUGAUUACUAUGACCUGCAACUUCAAUUGUAUGAAGUGCAGUUUGAAAUUCUGAAGUGUGAAGAACUAUUACUGACAGCACAACUUGAAAGCAUUAAAAGACUUAUUUCAGAAAAAAGAGAUGAAGUAGUAUAUUAUGAUACUUAUGAAAGUAUGGAAGCCAUGCUUGAAAAAGAAGAUAUGGCAGCAUCCAUACAUCUGCAAAGAGAAGAGUUGCAGAAAUUACAACAGAAAGUCCGUCAACUUGAAGCAAGGCGUGGUCGCAUUUCUGCCAAAAAAGCCUACCUCAAAAAUAAGAAGGAAAUCUGCAUUGCAAAACAUAAUGAAAAAUUGCCCCAGCAUUCUCAGAGUGAAGAAGAGUCAGAACAUGCUACAAAAUUUAAAAGGGAGCGGUUGCAAGAUGAGGUAGAAAGAAAAAACUCAUGGGUUAGUCAAGAACGACAGAAAACAUUGGACAGACUUCGAACAUUUAAACAGCGCUAUCCUGGGCAGGUAAUUCUCAAAUCAACUAGACUUCGGCUGGCUCAUGCGAGAAGAAAAAGUACAGCCACUUCAGUAUCUUGUCUAGAUCAUCCCCCAUCUUCACCAGUAACUACACAGACAGAUAAUGUGGAGCAAGAAAAAGUAAUCCAGCCUUUACAAAAACAGGAGUCUAGAAGUUUAGGACAAUUUGAAGAUCUAUUUCGAUCUCCUAGUAGUGUUAUGUCUGAAUUUUCUCAAACUGAUUCUCUUCCAGCUCUCGUUAGUAAUGAAUUUCAUUCCAAUACAAUCAGUGAGGCACCAUUUCCUCCUCCUCUACCACCACCACCACCACCACCUCUGCCCACUAAGGAAGAAUCUACUCAGUGUUCUGAAAAAAGCACUAGUCCUGUUAAACAAAGCAGUGCAGAGAAGCCAGCCCCGUUGAUCACUAUUGCACCAUCAGCUCAUUUUUUUGAUAGCAGUGAAUUAGUCAGUGCCAAGAAAAAAUUGAAGAAAACUGGUGAUAUAGAAGGAUUGCAAAGAAGAAGAGUGAGUUCACCAAUGGAUGAGGUUUUGGCUUCCCUGAAACGUGGCAGCUUCCAUCUGAGGAAGGUUGAACAGAGAAAUCUACCCCCAUUUCCCGAUGAAGAUGACAGCAAUAACAUCUUGGCACAGAUCAGAAAAGGCGUGAAACUGAAGAAGGUUCAAAAGGACAUUAUGAGAGAAUCAUUCACAAUUUUACCUGAUGAUGAUCCUUUAACUCGCAGCAUCCAUGAAGCACUACGACGGAUUAAGGAGGCAUCACCAGAGUCUGAAGAUGAGGAAGAGAAUCUACCAUGCACAGACUGGGAAAAUUAAGGGUCCAAGGAUUCCAAUGAAUAAGAU